GUUUAUGCAAUCUCACGAAAACAUUUACAUCACAUUCACCUCGUGCGGAUUGCCGGUGUAUAGAUUUACUAAGUAUGAGUAUAAUACUACGACUUUAGUCAUUGUGUAAUCAUCUUUCUUAUCCGCCAAUAUUUUAUGUAAAUAGCAAGACAUGUCUAAUAAAAUACUCAACAUUUACGGGAAGUCAAAACUUCUAAAAGUUAUAGGUCCAUCACGUCCUCCUUAUUCGUCCCCAGUGCCUUUCAUCUGCCGUCAAAAACACAAUUUAAUAUCAGAAGCUUAUUUAUAUCAUCGUCAUCUUGCCUGUACAACUUUACCUUUAAACAUACAUGACUCCCCUUAUUUGAAAAUAAAUAUCCGUCAUUUUCACACAUCUUAUAACAAUAAAUCUAAAGAACCUUCUAAAGUUGAAGAAACAGUCAAAGUCCUAAAAGAAGAAAAGAAAGUGAAAGAAGGAGUUGAGAGUGAAGGAACUGUGUUGAAAUCUGAAUCAGCAGCUGCAGUAAGCGUAGCUGAAAAGCGUUCUCUUGGCAAAAGAAUAUGGGAUGAAAUCUUGCACUACUACCAUGGUUUUCGGUUGCUUUUUGUUGACAUAAAAAUUUCUACGAGGCUAGCCUUCAAAGUUGCAAGAGGUGAAGAAUUAACCAGAAGAGAACACAGGCAGCUUGUUCGGACAGUGUCUGAUCUGUUUCGACUUGUGCCCUUCUCUAUAUUCAUCAUUGUCCCUUUUAUGGAGUUUUUAUUACCAGUAUUCUUGAAGUUUUUCCCUGCUAUGUUGCCAUCUACAUUUACAACAAAAUCAGAAAGGGAGCUAAAGUUCCGGAAAGGAUUAAGAAUGAAAAUUGAAAUGGCAAAAUUUCUCCAAGAUACUCUGAAUGAAAUGGCAGUUAAGACAAAAGGGGAAACUCACUCUCAUACAGCUAAAGAAUUUGCACAAUUUUUUGAAAGAAUCCGAACGACUGGAGAAGAAGCAAGUAAUGAGGCUAUACUGAAAUUUUCAAAGCUUUUUGAAGAUGAAAUUACUCUUGACAGUUUAACCAGGGCUCAGCUCAUAGCACUAUGCAGACUAUUAGAAUUGAAGCCCAUUGGAACAAACAAUUUCCUAAGAUUUCAAUUACGUAACAGAAUAAGAAAUUUAAGAGCGGAUGAUCGGCUCAUUAUGAAGGAAGGAAUUGAUUCCAUGAACAUACAAGAGCUUCAAGCUGCUUGCAGAGCCAGAGGAAUGCGUGCCCUUGGUAUCCCCGAAGAGCGAUUGAAAUCACAGCUCAAAAAGUGGUUGGAACUGAGCUUACUGGAGAACAUUCCACCUUCACUUCUCUUGUUGUCCAGAGCCCUCUAUCUUCCUGAUAAAUUACCAGCUGCUGAUCUACUGAAAGUUACUCUUUCUUCUUUGUCAGAAACAGCUGCUACUGAAACUAAACUGAAGAUUGGUGAAAUGGAAGGCAAAGUUGACAAUAAAACUAAACUGGAACUUAUUAAGAAACAGGAAGAGGAAAUUAAGAAAGAAGCUGAGGAGUUGAAGCAGCAGAAACUAGAAGCCGAGCAAAAGAAAGAAGAAUUGAGUAAGAAAGAAAAGGCAGCAGACUUGGAUGAAUAUGACAAGGAAAUUCUUUUGGAUAAAGCUAAAAUUAUUGAAGAUCGUGCUGAGUUAUUGGAAAAAUCUCCACCUGAAGCCAAGGAAAAUGAACUCUCCAAAGAAGACUUCGAGGAAAUUGAAAGUGCUCUUGAAAACAUUGCUGCUGAAAAGAAUAAAUUGAUCAUUGAAAAGGAAGAAAUUGAAGAUUUGAAAGAGGAAAUGGCUGAGUAUAAACAAGAUAUUAAAGAGCUUCAAGAUGUAGUCCUUGAAACGGGACAUAAAGAGAUACGUGAGUCAAAAGCAGCCUUAAGGUUAUCCAAAAGAGUGGAUAAAAUGAUAUCCAAUAUGGACCGUCUUCUUGAUGGUCUCAACAAGGAAAGAGACACUUUGCAACAACAGAUUGAUAGUAAAGUGAAAGAAGGUGUCAGCAUUGGGAAAGAGAGAUCUUUAGCUGAGAUGGCUGAAUUGGAUCACAAUGGUAGAAGUUUUAAUAAAGACAGAGAUGACAUCAUAGGUAUCAAUGAGUUAGUUCUUGCCAUCAGACGGAUUCAGAAGGUAUCAGAUGACACCAGGCUCCAGAGGAUAGCCGAUGUUCUGGAGAAAAUGGAUGUAGACCAUGAUGGAGCUGUAGAGAUUGAUCAUGUGCUGAAGGUGAUCGAGCUUCUCGGAGAGGACAAUGUGAAAGUCACACCAGAGCAAAUGGAGGGCAUCAUUGACCUCCUCAUGAAAGAGGAAGCCCUUGAACUGGAGGAGAAACUCAUGAAGGAGAAUGCUGCUGACGGGAAGAAGACGGAAGAACAGUCAAAUAAAUAAUGCUGUGAUAUCCAUGACCAGUGAUUUUAUUAUUUAUUAGAGAUUGCACAGUGGCCAUUUGCUGUAUCAUUCAAAACAUUUUAUAUUAGAGCUCAUUGUGUAAUAAUCUAUAACGUCAUGUGAGUGAUGGCUCCUAGUUCUUUUAACCAAAUAAUUGAUUUUUUUUUAAUGGUGUAAAAUCUUUUUUGUACAUUAUUUGUAAAGUAUAUCAAAGUCUCAGGUUUGAACUUGUACCCAUGAAUUAAAAGCUAUGAAAUCAGUGUAAACCACUUGAUAGAGUUGGGUAAACACACUAGUUUGUUAAACACACAAUGAAUCUUGCACAAAUAUGGGGUGGCACAAUUAAUGUUGUAUCAGGGUUCUAAUAUUCCAUGAAGUUGAUUUUAUCAAUCCAAACUACUCUCUUGUAAAAAUGUUAGUAUAUAUUUUUUUUAUUAUGAAAUAAUUUUGUUAAAAAUAGCUUUAAAUGUUUAUUCUGUAUAUAUUAUUGUUGUUUCUGUUAUGUUUUGAAUUUUGGCAACAUUUUGUAUUUUUACAAAAUCGGAGACAAAAAUUAAUUUUUAUGGUUUGAAGUUUAUAAUAUGAAAAUAAAUAAAUGUCUUAAUUUUCCGAGUAUUUAGACUUAUCACUAUGUAAACUAUUUAUUCAGUCUUUGUAAAUGUAAAAAAAAUUUGAAUACAUCACAUUUUCUUCAUGAAAUAUGUCAUAUUUUCCAUUUGAAUCCUUGUUGAAAAUAAAACAUUUUCCUCUUGCAUAGGUUUUUUUUUUUUCCCCUUAAUUUUAACUAAAAAAAAAUUACAAGACUAAAAUUAUAUAUAUAUAUUUAGUGAAAACAGAAAAAAAAAUCAGUUGGAAAUGUAGUUUUUAAUAAAAUUUAGAAUGAAAUAUAUUGACACAAAAUGAUUUUUACUGUUUCUUGUUUUCAAAAAUGUUUUACACUAAACAUAUUACAACUAUUGAAAAUUGUUUUGCAAUGGCAUUUUCAAUGUAUUAUUAGAGAGAUGAUAGAAGUCAUGUGAAGACUCUCAAGAAUAUUUGGUAUUUUGAAAGUUUUAUGACUACUUGAUUUAAAAAUAUUAGGUUUUUAAAAAAGUUGUAUUAAAUUUUUAUGAUGCUCUUAGUAUCAUUAUUUAUGCUAAAAUUUUUAGUCACACUUAAGUCAAAACAAAAAUUACUUUCAAAAAUUAAAUAUUUUUUGCUUACUGUACUGCCAGGUUUUAUUCCU